AUGCAGCGCCGCACCGCCAAGGACCCUGUGAAGGACAACAAGUCCGGUGAGAGCUCCAUCUCAGCAACGCAGGCUAUCGGGAUUAUGGGCCUGAGUACCGCACGACGACGUUGGGGACUCCGGAGAGUCAUAACGAAGUUCACCAGCACCCUCGUCGCGAGCCUUGCCCUCGCGGGCACCGGCCUCGCCGCCCCGUCGACGUGCUCCUCGCCGAGGCUCGGCCGCCGCGACGCGGCGACCAUCAACCUGGCGCUGACGGACGUGCUCGAGAAGAUCUCGCUCUUCGACGCCGCCAUGCUGCAGUACCAGGGCGGCGCGGACCUGACCGCCAUCGCCGAGACGGGCUACAACACGGUCGAGGCCGUCCGCGGCGCCAGCGCCCGAGUGUCCAAUACCACCGCCGUCGCCUCCGCCGCCGAAGCCACCCAGUUUGCGCCCCUGGUCGAGCGCCUGAGCGUCGCGGGUGAAGGGCUCCUGGGCCGCGUCGUCAGCCAGACGGUCAACUUUACGUCGUCGGGCAUGUGCUCCGACAUCUACAACUGCGUCAACGAGAUUGGCCAGGGCGUCGGCAAGCUGAUGACCGAGGUGGCCGCCAAGUUCCCCGCCGAGGCCAAGUACCCGGCCCCGGCCACGAUCCAGCGCUUCACCGACCUGUUCGCCUCGACCAACGCCAGGCUGCAGGCCUGCGCUGCCGCCGUGCCGCGCCCCGCUGGCUCUAGCGUCUCCCCGGGCCCCCGGCCCUUCCACUCGACCGCCCCGCCCACCGUCACCGGCGCCGCCGUCCUGCCGCCCGCGGGGCCCGGCGCCGCCACGCCAUCGCCCCAGGCCCCGGCCGCCACGUCCGUCUAG